AUGAGCGAUCCGUUUGCCAAGCUCUCGUGGAUGUUCGAGUCUGCUCGUGACCUAACCAUGGAGGCGGCCAUGCUGGCAUCUUCCAGACUAUCAGACACUCCCAAAGCUAAACGGCCAUUCGAGAUCCAGCGCCUAUUGGGAUCAAGAUCAGAUCGUGAGGUGCUCAAGGGGAUGAAGUGCGUGAUGGCACUUAUAGCUACGGGCAAUGAUGCACAGGAGUAUUUUGCUCAUGUGGUGAAAAACGUCACGCUGGAGCUGGGGAGAGUGAGAGCGUUAGUUCUUAUUUACUUGCUGAAGUACGCAGAGACAGAGCCCGACACGGCGCUCUUGUCGAUCAAUUCGAUCCAGAAGCUGCUAAGCGAGAAGCUGGCUCGGGCCAGGGCGUCUCUGAUUCGAGCGUUGGCAGGGAUACGCAUCCCAGAGAUAGCCUCAUUGAUUCUUCUAUGUAUCAAGCGCACUGUUUCUGACCAGGUGCCUCAGGUACGUGCUGCAUCAGCGUUGGCCAUUGGGAGGGCAUACACAAUUGAUGGAAUCAAUCAGAGCCAAUUGGCGCUGUUUUUGGCUUCGUUGGUGUCGGAUCCAUCACCCUCGGUGGUAAGUGUGGCUAUCAAAGUGCACGCUAAGCUCUUGCCAACGAUUGAACGAAGGUCGCCCAAGAAGGCUUGGGCUCCAGUGCAUGAGAACUUCAGAAGGCUCACCAGGAUCCUACCGGACUUGGACGAGUGGGCGCAGGUUUGUGUGAUUGACAUGCUCACUCAGUAUAGUAGAAAAUUUCUUCCACGUCCUUUGCUCACGUUUGAAGACGGCACUUCCAUGCCAUUGCCUGAACUCUCUGCGUUUUCAGCCAUAACAGCUCCUUAUAAAGUGCAAUUCGACCUGGACCUUCAGCUUUUCAUCGAUUCGCUCCGACGCUUUGCCUGUUCCAAUUCUGCAGCAGUGAUUCUUUCGGUGACUCGUGCCAUUGUGUCGGUUGCCACUCCAGAAUACCUUACUGAAUUUGGGCUUCAUAAGGUGUUGACCAAGUUGGCUACUGCUCCCCGUUCGGGCUCUUGUACAAAAACAUACGGCUUACACAUUGUUUCAUACAUUGCUCAAGCGGCCCCUACUGUUUUCGAAAAAUACUACAAAAAGUUUUACGUUCUCCCUACCGACGAUAACGAAGUGGCCUCCUUAAAACUACACACCUUACCAUUGCUUGCUACAUCUACCACUGCGAAGAACAUUAUCAGAGAGCUUCAGUAUUGCGCUCUCAACUCAGCAUUCCGCCCAAUUGUGGCACACGAGGCUGUCAGAGCGUUGGGAAGAUGCUCUCGUGCUCAGGCAUGGACGGACCACAUUUUGAGCUGGUGCUGCUUACAGAUCAGAAACGCCAAUGCCUCGCUCGUCAAAAGUGAUCUUCUCACGGUCAUUCGUCACUUACUUCAGCUUAAGCAGAGUCAGGCAGGUUCUGAUAAGGACAAGUUAGAGAGUGUUAUUCGAACAAUUUAUCAGCUUGGAAGGCUCCUUAAUGACGACGCCUUCACUUUCGAUCCCGAAGCCAAAGCUACAAUUAUUUGGCUCGUAGGCGAGUUCACCGAGGCAGCCGAUAACUCGAUUGGACCUGAUUUGCUCCGGAGAGCGCUCAAAAAUUUCAGCAAUGAAGCCGAGACCGUUCGCUACCAACUUCUCACCUUGGCUGCGAAAUCAUAUCUGUAUGAGCUACAAAGAAACGACCCAAGCGACUUGCUGGAAACUACAUUGGGGAGGAUCUAUAGCCAUGUUUCCCACUUGGCCCGCUAUGACACUCUGUUUGAAACAAGAGAUCAUGUUAGAAUGUUGGACCAGCUUCUAUUGACUCCCAAGAAUGCAAAGCUUGCUGUCCUUUUGCUCCAGGUACCCAAGCCAGCCCCUCUUGUCGCUGUCAAUCUCGAGGAAAGCACACCAGACCUCCUCAAGGAUUACUUGGCAGUUGAAGCCUGGGCAGAUCCUAAGUCAUUGCCUCCAAAAUCCAUUAGAAAAGAGAAGGCAGUCGAAACUGUGCCUACCAGCUUCGAGAAUGGCGCCUUCCUAGAGAAGAAAGCUGACAUCACUGUUUCCAAGACUCAGCUUUCAUCUUCUCUGAUUGCCACCUUCAAGCCAGCCCAAGCAAAACCAUAUAAGUUGCAAAGUCUCGACGAGUUUUUUGGCAGUGAGGAGGACUCUGAAGAGGAAGAUGAAGAAGACGAUUCAGACAACACGUCCGAGCAAACUAGUGAAGGUGAACAGGAUUCCGAUGAAGAAGAGUCGGGCCUGGAGACAGAAACAGAGGCGGAUGAUGAUGAUGAAGAUGAAGAGGAAGAUGAAGAGGAGGAGGACGCCUCAAACCACCAACUGAGGAAGUCGAAUAGUGAUCAAGAAACCCCAGACAAGUAG